AUGGCAAGAAAAGAUAAACAAUUUGAACAAGCGGAGCUUAUUAAAAAAAGUAACUACAAAAAAGUUUUGGAAAAAGUUGAUUUGGAUAGCGACGGCAAAAUUGUAAAGAAACCAAAGAAAAAGAAUGAUAAAAACACUAUCGAAGCAGAUAAAAAUUUAGUAGGAAGUAAGUCAAUAUUUGAAAAAUUUGGACCUGUUGAUCAAGAAUUAACUAAUUCACCUUCGGAAAAUGGCACACAACAAAUCGUUGUCGAAGCUGUAAUUGAGCAUGAACCCAGUGUGUCUGCAGGAGUAAAGAAAACUAAAAUUGAUGAAGUUAAAGAUUCAGUAGAAAAAAUUGAGAAAAAAUCGAUUCCUACUGAAACCAACUCUCAUUUUAAGCCUAAAACUGAUUCUAAAUGUCAUAAAAAAUCAUAUUUGAACAGCAAAAAAGACUUAGUAGUGGAGAAUAAUAAGUCAAAUGUUUAUCCUUCGAGCUUCAAAACAGGAGAUCAAGAAAAUCCUGAGCAUAUUAAAGAGGGAGAUGCAUUUAGUGACAAAAAUGAUAUAAUAGAGCAAAAUAAUAAAUUAGAUAGUCUUCUUUCCAGCUCUGAUUCAGAAGAUGAACCAAGUCCGGUAUAUAUAAAAGAGAAAAGUGUAAUUGUUGACGAUACCAGUGUAGUAAGAAAGAGGAGGAAACGAGUUAUUCCUAUUUCCAGCUCUGAUUCAGAAGAUGAACCAAAUUCUGUGAAUAUUGAAGCUGCUCCUGGUGGAUCCAAAAAUUAUAAUCGAAAGGGAAAUUCCAAAAGUAAGAUCAUGCAUAAAAAGUCCAACAGAGAGCCAGAAAAAUUAAAUUAUCCAGAUAUUUAUUCUGACACUGCAUCAAAUGAUAGUUCAAAGAGACAGGAAGAAAUCAUCAAUGACAAAACACGUGUAAGUGAAAAAUGUAAUGGGUCAUUUUUAGCUGAGAGUCUUAGCCAAGACAUCACGGAAAUCGAAUACAUAAUUCCCCGGAUUAACCUGACCCUGGAAACCUUAAAUUCAAGUCUAGCAGUUCAAACUCCAACCCUGCUAGUAAAGGACAGCAAAGAUGCAGUAGCAAUCAUAGAUGAAUUCGCGCCUUGGGGUCAAGGAUUGUCCGAAAACGAAGCAAAGAUGUCCCUAAUUGCAAAGACCACCAAGAAGACAAUUUACACAGGAAAUUAG